AUGCGUCUUGCCAGCUCGCUUGGGCUUUUUACAAGCCUCGUUGCUGCAGUCCCUGGGCUUGAUGUCGGGGCCGGCGUUGAAGGGUUACUUACGGUUGAUCUCAACCUGUUUCCGGACUCCGUUCUGGCCGCCCGAUGUGACGAGUGUUGCCCAACGACGAUAAGAACAGUCAUCUCGAAAAUUUAUUGUGACCCUCCCUACACAAACGGGUAUGAAUCUACUGGGGGCACAAACACUGAACAGAUCCCAAAACUCAAGGGACGGACGUACGGCUGUAGGACAACAACAGUAACUUCCUGGGCUACGACCACGGCUACCAAGACAGUUACUGGGAUUGAGUCCGUUGUUACCACAAAAACGGUCCCGCAGGAGACGACCAUUCACGACACGCAGACUGUAGUCGACUCGACUACAAUAUGGGUGCCCACAACUUACACGGAGACCAAAACGGUCGUUAGCGAGCACCCAGUCACUCUGACUGUCGACAACACCAAGUACACUACAAAAUCCACCACCAUAGUUACAACAUUUGUGUCGACGGUGAUAACAAGCUUCCCUGUUGUGACCACGCUCACACAACCAGGUCAAACUAUAACGGCUCCCGGCCAGACAAUAACGGCUCCCGGCCAGACCGUAACAGCUCCUGGCCAGACCGUAACAGCUCCCGGCCACGAUGUAACUCAAACCCUCACAGGACCAACAGUCACGGCUCCCGGCCAGACAAGCACAAUCACUCUUCCCGGCGUAACCAAAACCUUGCCAGCAAGCACGAUUGUGACAACACAGAUAAAGACGUUACCCCCAACAACGAUCCACGUCACCGACGAGCAAGAAACAAAGACAAUCACUCGGCCAGGAUACACAGUAAUAGAGACCAGCACACUUACCCUCCCUCCCACAACAAUCGAAAAGCCAGCCACCACUGUCACCGUGACCCCCGUGUUUGACGUCACCCUUUGCCCGACCCCCACAGGAGUCUCAGCACCGUUAGACGCAAAGUCAGACCUUACAUUUGGUUGCGAGCCUGGCUAUGUCUGCAACCCUCCUAAGCCAAAUGGAUGCAAUCUGUGGCCCAAACCUCCAUCCGACGAUUUUCUUUGCGAUUCAAAUGACUGUAUUCCCUCGCCGCCUUUCGCAAAGGUCGAAUGGCAAGGAUGCGAAACCAGCUAUUACCCACCCUCGUAUGGCUACUUCAACCUCAACCCCGAAGCAUUCGGUCUUUCGUACGACAUCUUCGAAUAUCAAGUCAUCAACGAGACGAGAAAUGGACACCCUUCCCUGAUCACAACAGGGAACUGGGGCUCGCAGUCAUCGCUGACUGCCUGGCCUAAACCAUCCCCGCCGGCCUUGCAUGGCGGAAUGCGCAAGCGUAUCAACGACUAUAAAACAUGUCACAAGUCCAAGAGAGAUGUUCCUGUUCCAUCCAUAUGUUUUGAUGUUUGCAAUUACGCCUACCUCAUUGCUCUAGGUACUGGCAAAAGCGACAGUCUGUGUGGUGGCAAUUCAAAAUUCAGGGAGGCCUACGACUCCUGCAGCAAUUGUAUAAAGGACAAUGCCAAUAGCAAUUCUACCUCUACUGGAGAAGCACCAAAGCCGGAAUUCGAGCAAUUUCUUAAUUUCUGCAGUGGUACCAAGGCUGAGAAGCCCCCAACUGCUUCACCUACAACUCCCGAGCAGCUUGUUACCCAGCAGCCUACUAUCAGAACCAGCACGCAAGUUGACGUAAGCCAUCCGACAUUCACGCCAAUUCCCUCCAGUGAGAAUAUCGCCUCAUCUGCUCCGUCGACGCCGAGCCCUACCAGUUCCGUAGGCUCUACCAAUUCCGCUGGCUCUACUCCAGCCAGCCAUGCAUCUUCAUCGCAGACGACUCACUCGGCUCCCCCAUCUUCUGGACAGAGUUCGCCCAUCUCUACACCUCAGGGAUCUUCUACAAGUGCAAGGUCUGGUGCUCAGAAACAUGGAACUUCCACCGGAGGAGAGACGUACUCGCCCACUGCCACCCACCGCACUGCCGUUGGUACUACCGGCGGCAGCGGUAGCAGUUCCAGUAGGCUCAGCAACACUGUCGUCGAAAGCAGUCUUGGCUUCGCCUCCGCCUCCGCCUCCGCAUCUGCAUCUGCAUCUGCAUCUACCUCCGCCCCAGCCUCUGCCUCUGCCUCUGGCCCGAGCUCGAAGAUUGGCCAUGGUAGUGGUACAAACCCAGGCUCGAGCGAAAGCACCAGCAAUGCCAAUGCUGGCAACGGCGGAAGCGGUCAGCCCAGCGGAAGCGGUCAACCCGGCGCCACGACAGAAGGUACACCUGGAAAUCCCCCAACAUCGACGCCCCCGGUCGUUACAGCCGCUGCCUCUCAUCUUUCUAGUCUCUUCUACUCUGCUGGAGCAAUUCUUGUUUCAUCGGUACUGAUCAUGAUGUUUUAA